AUGUCUUGCACGUGGACCAGUGACCAGCAGAUCGUGGUCCUGGAAGUUCAAGACGAGGGUGGUAAGUCAAUGACCGACACCGAGAAAUCACCCUGGCGCUCUUUGCUGCACGAGUUUGAAGACGAGGGGAUCGUCGACUUUACGAUAAAUGGGCACACCAUAGAGAAGCCAUCUAGUGCUGCAGAAGGUGAGUACUAUGUCAUCAAGCCCAAGCCAUCUGCCCAUUACUUUCAAUGGUCUCAGCCCACGGCCCUCAAUGGAAUGAAGUUUUCAAGCUUGGCUUCAGCGUUUGGAUGCUCUGUGAACAUGCAGAUGGAGGAAGGAAAAGUGGUGACACCCACUGCGACAGAUCAGAAGCCACCGAACGAGCAAAAAUUGCGGAAGUACCUUCAGGUUGUAUAUGUGUUUUUUGCAUCUGCUAUGAUCAUCACUUGCUACUACUUCCACUUGUUUGCGGCCAGUAGCGAGCUCGGAAGACCAUCCUCCGUGGAAUGCCAUAGCGACUUCUUUCGAUUUUCCACCCAGCUUGGAGGCAGUCAAUGUGGGCUUUGGGGUGAGGAGUGCAUCCCCAGCGAGGAAUGGAUGCCGAUCCGCUGUCCCGGAACGUGUGGUGAACUCUUCAACGAUCCUUUGAUACAAAGGGUCAUCGGCAGCGGCUCCUAUCGCGCCGAUUCGAAGAUCUGCAUGGCGGCCUGGCAUGCUGGAGUGCUUGGCUUUUGGGGCGGCUGCUUCGAGGUGCGUUUGCGCAAGAAGAGCGACGCAGAAUGGAGUUUCCCUGCCACGAAGAGCUUUGGCCUAGAGAGUUUGGCCUUUGACUCCUGGUUUCCUUUCACCAUGGAGUUUCGGCCGAGUGCAGGUGCCCAGCACUGCGGCUACCAACAGGCGCCCACCUUGCUCAUCCUGAACUUCUUCCUUCUCGUUGGCUUGCUGUUGCUGCGGCCAUCACGGCGCUUGUUCUUCUGGUCAAUGAUCACUUCGAUGUGGUGGUAUUGCGUGUUGAUCGCGCCCUUGGGAAACAGGUCCAUUGCCUCGUGUUUCGCGCUCUUUGGGCGCUUCGCCUAUUUCGUCUUUGGCGCCCAAGUGCUCCUUUGGCAGCUGGGCGAUGCUCAACGCAGCUUCCCGGAGACCAAGAAUGGCACCGUGCUCCAUGUGAUUUUGAUCGAGCUGCUGCCGCUGAUCUUGACCCUUCACUGGCAUGCCCUCAGUGUGGCCAUCGCCGGAUAUAGCAUCAACGGAGCCUUGUUUCAGUCCUGGGAAGGGCCUAUGGCCUUCUUGGUAGGCAUGGUGAUCCUGGCGCCACUGGCUUUAGGAGUCCUCCGCGAUUGGUAUCGCGCCAAGCUGCUGAGCUGGAUCCUACGGCAAGCCUUCUUCACCGUGGUGGGCAUCGUGGGGCUGACCUUGCUCUUCUCGACCAGCGGCUGGGGCCUUCACUUGCAUCAUUACUUCAUCGCCCUCAUGUGCUACCUGGCCUCCCGGGGCAAGUCCAACUGCAGCGCCGUCGCGCGUGCGCUUUGCCUCGGCGCGUUGAUCAAUGGCCUCUCACAUUGGGGAGAGACCUACCAGAUACCCAUUUGGACCGAAGGCACUGGUUGGUAUCCACCCUCUGGCAACGUGGACGCUGGUGCUUGGGGCAAUGAUGACCAGGUGAUUCUCACGGCGGCCGAGCGGGUGAAUCAGAGCGAGGAGAUUCUCUUGCGAUGGGCUUUCGUCAAAGACCUGAUCUCAUCCAACUGCAGCCUCGACCCACAGCAGGACAGCUCCAUUUUUGUUGUCGAGAUGAAUCACAUCGAGAUCUACCGCGGCCCCCAGCGCUCGCUCCGCUUCCUUCCGCCGGCACCGGUGAGCUCGUCGAGCUCGUCGAGCUCGGUCUUCGUGCGCGUGGGCCGCGUGAGCCCCGGGCUCUCGCGGCAGGUGAUUUCGGCCACGCAGGUGCCGGGGAACGGCGCCGGUUCCGGGUGCCACAAGGACGAGUUUGAGAUGCUGCACGACACUUGGAGAUGCUUGGCAUGCGGCUCCCAUGAGUACUACCAUGCUCACAGGACUCCUGUGAAGAGACAGCGAAGGCGGAAGAACCGCGUGAAGAAGUCGGACACCCCUCCCGACGGAGAUGACGACGAUGAACUUGGUGAGGACCGUGAACAGGCUGAGUCAGAGGUCCCAACUUUGGACCCCAUAAUUGAGCCUACGCCACCUCCAUCGAUCAUUGGCGGCAAGACUCCUCGUCCCGCAGCAGGUCCUGGAGGCCCAUCGACACCAGGCCCCAGGCCUUCGAAGAAGGAUGACACUGGUCUUCAUCCUCGCGGCUCUCAAGUACCAGUUCAGCCGCGUGGGAAACUUAACCCUCGACUACCUCGACCAGAUGUCCUACCCCAACAACCCGAUCCUGUACUACCUGAUCUACCCGGCACCGACAGGAGCACCACUGGUGGAAAGAAGAAGAAACAGGACGAUGAGUCAGACAGAACUGGAGCCUCAUGGAACAGCAAGAAAGGUCCCGAGCCCGGGAUCAAGUGGAAGACUGGUCAAUACCCACCAGUUCCUGUGUGGAAGUAUGACGCCAGCGACAUGCGAGCCUUCGCCAAGUUCAAGAAGAAAAUUGAAAUAUGGCAGCUUCAAAUGAGACCCUAUGCCACAGGGAAGGAUCAGGCCCUUUUGCUCUACAACAGCUUGACCGGAGAACCAGAACAAGAACUCGAACACCUUUCCGUCGAGGAGCUUUAUGUGGAGAAUGGGGUCUCCAAGAUCCUUGAGUUGCUGCAGAGGCCCUUCGAGCAGAGGCACAUUUACCAGAAAAGGCGCUUCCUCCAGGACUUCGAGGGCAUGAGGAGGUUUGCAGGUGAGUCCAUGCGGGCCUAUGUCCUUCGCUUUCGAAGGGUGAUGAGGUCCCUACGGGCCGUUGGCAUCGAGAUCAAUGCGACCUUUGACGAGGAGGCCCUCGGUUCACGACUGUUGGACCGGAGUGGACUGAGCCAUUCCGACCAGAGGAUGGUUCUAGUCGGUACCCAACAAAGCCUGGCCUUUGAGACCAUUGCCGAGACCCUCGCACUCCAGUGGCCCGAGUUCAGGCCACCUCCACCGAUCUUCACCAAGGAAGGCAAAGGCUAUGGGAAGCAAGGCAAGUCCACUAUGUCACAGUUUUCCUCCAGUACCACUUCUCUGACAUCGACGGCGCCCUCCUCGAGACCUUCAAGUGGAAAGGGUACCAUGCCCAGAAGAGUCUUCAUGACGGAGACCGUGGAGGAAGAGCCACAUGAUGAGGCAGACCCCGCCGAGGGAGAGCACCUCGCCCCUGAGGCGGAUGAAGGCGACAAUGAGCCGCCUGAAGAAGACGAAGAGCCAGAACUUCUCGAAGACGACGAGCAGGGAGACCUUGAGUUACAAGAGUUAGCAAAUGUCCUCACUGUCACCGCCAGAAAACUAAGUGGCGUGACGUUGGGCAGAAAAUUUACGACUGGGGCCAAAAAGGCCAAAAAGAGCCCAGAAUAG